AUGGAUCUCGGAUUGAAAGGAGUGCAUGUCCUCGUUACAGGUCGUACUUCUACGAUAUCCUAUGGCACUACUGACCUGACAAUUCGAGCAGGGGCAAGCGGCGCCAUCGGGCUCGAGACUGUAAAAUUGUUUUGCGCGCUGGGUGCCAAUGUGACCGCACAUUAUAACUCGAAGUUUGGCCCGAUCCAGGAGCUUCUGGCUUCGAACGCCAAUCUUCAACAUGUCCAGGCGAAUCUGUCUCAAGAGGAGGCCGUGGUGGCUAUGUUCGAGUCGCUGUCUAUUAUGCCUCAUGGCCCCGCUCAAGUAGCCAUCGUCAACCACGCCGUAUAUCCUACGUCAGAUGUCCCCAUUGCAAGGAUGACACUGGACCGGUGGAACACCACCAUAACUACGAACCUGACGUCGUCAUUCCUGGUGUGUAGAGAGUAUUUGAAGCAUCUUGAAAAUGCGUCCUCUUGUAUCAAGGAAAAGGCAGCGAUUGUGCUUAUCGGAAGUACUGCUGGGAAGUAUGGUGAAGCCAACCACGGGGACUACUCUGCGACAAAGAGCGCAAUGAUGUACGGGUUGAAUCUGACACUGAAGAACGAAAUUGUGAAGAUAGCCCCAAAAGGCAGGACAUCCAGGACUAAAGUAACCUUGAAGGAUCCUCAAACCGUGUAUCGCGCAUUGGCCACGAUUCCGCUCAAGAAGGUGGCCAUACCAAUGGAUGUCGCAACACAGGUUGUGGUUCUUGCGUCGUCUACCCUCUCUGGACACGUCACAGGUCAAGUAGUGAUGGUUGAGGGCGGAAUGGAGGGUAGACUCCUAAACAGACCAGAAGAUUUGCAAGGAUCUUGA